AGGAUAAACACGAGCCGGAGCCAGAGGAGGGACGUUCACUCCGUGUUUCCUUCAAUGACUCCAUGAGCCAUGUUCCCCAGUCCCAGCACGUCCACCCCCUUCUCCGUAAAGGACAUUUUAAACCUGGAGCAGGCUCACGGAGUCCUGGCGUCUCCACUGGACGUGUGCGCCGCAUCUUCCUCUUCAUCCUCGUCCUCUUCCUCCUCGUGCAUGAUGCAGGCCCAGCUGAAGCACGAGGCUCUGCGGGACAUGGCGCUUUUUGGAGAAGAUCUGAACGAGGCCAAAGGAAACGUCUGCAGAGGAGCUGCGCUCAACUUUAACACCGCCUUUUAUGGGAAAUCUGUCCUGGACAUGGACCUGGAGAAGGACCUGAGCGCGGACCCGUAUGAGGAGAAAAUCACUAAAGAGGACUUCGGGGCUGAUUCCUCGGACGUCCUAAAGUCAGAGGAUCAGGAGCGGCCCCUCAAACCUCGGAGGCGCAGAAAGCCGCGCGUGCUCUUCUCUCAGGCGCAGGUGCACGAGCUGGAGCGGCGCUUCCGGCAGCAGCGCUACCUGUCCGCCCCAGAGAGGGACCACCUGGCGGGAGUGCUCAAACUCACCCCGACACAGGUCAAGAUCUGGUUCCAGAACCGGCGGUACAAAUGUAAACGGCAGCGGCAGGACCAGAGCCUGGAGCUGGUGUCUCUGCCGCCGCCCCGGAGAGUCUCUGUCCCGGUGCUGGUGCGGGACGGGAAGCCGUGCCUCGCUGCGGACUCUGCGGCCUAUAACGCGUCCUACUUUCCCUACAACAACUACCCCACUUUCACCAAUUACACGAGCCCCGGGUGCAACACGAACUACACCUGUAAUUACCCAGCAUCCAGCGCGCAGACUGUGCAGGGCGCGUCCAGCAGCAGCUACAUGAACUUUGGAGAGCUGGCUCCGGUUCAGAGCUUCUCCUCCGGCGGAGUGUCCUCUCUGCACGGCAUCAGGACGUGGUGAAGGAGCGCGCCGGGACCGAGGACUGCAUGUGUUUGGAGAAGUGUCCACGCGAGGCUUUGUUCAGUUUUACUCGACUUAUUUAAUGAACCGGCCUUGUGUUUUGCUUUCACGUUUUACUGGUUUGUGGCACUGACAAAUAUAGCGUUGAAUAAGGUAUUUUAGCUUGGAGAAUAUAUUGAGCAAGACUUGAGUCCAACUUUAAGUGAUUGUCCAAAGUUUACUGCAUUUUGGGUCAGUUUGUCCAACAGAAAAAUAAACAUAAAAUGCACUUCUGAAACAAACAUGGCCCUGGUUUCAUCUGCAGUGUCCUGAGCACAACUCUCACUGUUUC